AUGGGUAAAGCAGCCACGGGCAAGCAAACAAUCGAGUCGAACGAAAAUAUUGUUACAAAUAAUGUAACUGCUUGUUAUACACUAGCAGAUAUAAUAACGCAAUUUUGGGACCUAGAAUCAAUGGGAAUCAAGGAAUCAGCAAAGUCUAAUGAUGAAGAUGAAGCAUUGAAGCAGUUUUAUCAGACGUUAGAAUUUAGGGAUAAUCGUUACGUCGUUGGCUGGCCGUGCAAAGAACUCAAAAACAUAGAUUUAGAUAAUUAUCAACUGUGUUAUUAUCGCUUGAAGAGCGUUUACGGUCGUCUACUACGAGAGCAUCUUCUGGAUAAAUAUGACGACAUCAUAUAA